AAGAAGUAGGCUGGGGUUGUACGUCACUUAUUUAACGUUAAGGAAAGAAUGCAAAGCGUUAUUUUUUUUAUUAUUAUGGUUCAAAUUCAAGCAGGAAUUUAUUUUGGCAGACGAACGAACUCCGCCAAGAAACCAGAGGGAACUCUUCAGUCCGGCUACACGACCUGAGUAACAGUCUUCGUAUUCCGAUUGGCUAAUUCAAUUCCCAGGGAAAAAACGGAUUCGUCCAAUUGGCUGGUUCAAUUCUAAUGGAAGGGUGAUGCAGCCAAUCCAGACGCGGUUGAGGAGGAACAGCGGGAAACUCAAACCGGCGCAUGUUGGGGCGGUUGUGUGUGAUUGGGCGUAUAGAGUAUUUUUGUUUCCUUUUUUAAAAUUCAAUCUAAUAAUAUGACUACAAUCAAUAAUACAAAAACAAGAACGGAUCUUCAAUCUCAAACGACUGAAGGAUCACAGCAGAGGCUCAGGGACGAAAGGCGCCAGAAGCUGGGGGAAUAUCGAGAGAAGAAAAAUAAGAAAAUCACCGAGAAGAUGGAUUCCGGCUUGAAAGAGAAUGUCCGCCGUACACUAAACGCCAAAACGAGCGAUAAAGAAAAUGCCAGACCAAAAAGUGAAUCCCGGGAUCCUAUUCCUUCCCGCAAAAUCAAAAUGGCCACCACCAAACCGGCUUCACAUCCUGCCAAUACCGGAAGGGAGGAUGGGCAGAAGGACGUGGGUAAAAAGGGGGCUUCGGCAGAAGUAGGUGGCACUGGUGCUGAAGGGAAGAGACGCCCCACCCUGAGCCACUCUUUUCUUGCUCACAAGACAAUUCAACAGAAGAAGCUCAUCACGGAGACCGCAAAGCAGCCCCAAACUUUGCCGUCCAGACCGGUCUUGGGCACUUACAAAGGCAAGAUUGUCCAGUCCAGAGUUAGUUCGUUUAGAAAUACCGUUGCCGGUGUCGGUGACGCUGAGAAUCCCUGUUCGGACGCAAAACCCAGGGCUCUCAGACAAGGGGGCCCGAGGCCUAGCUGUCAGCCCACUGUACCACAGCCACCCAAGGCAAAGUCCUCCACUGCUCUCAGCGCCAAGCCCACUGUUGCCAGCAGACCACCAGUACACUCUGUCAGGUCGGCCACUGUAGGACCUGCACCCCGACAGAAUGCUGUACGGGUCCAUCGGCCUUCCGCUGCCAAUAAUCCAGGUGGUUUUAGCAGUGCAGCCCGAGCUAGAUCUAACGUCGGUCCUGUGAGUCAACCACAAAGUAAUCUGGUGGUGAAGAAGCAGGAUCCUCCACCGAAGGACAAGCCCAAGGAUGCUGCAGGCGCUUCCAGUACGAAAGGAAUGAAGGGGGUCGCUAGCUCCAUGAGCCAGUACAGGGCUCCGAAGGAAACGCAUGAGGAGAGGAGAGCUAGGCUGGCUGAGUGGUUAGCGGCAAAAGGCAAAACUUUGAAAAGACCAUCAAUGGUGGCAUCAGUCCCACACACGGUGAGACAGACAACUAAAAAGGAGUCGGCGCUUCCUCCCGCCUUAAACACAACCUCGGACAUAAAGGAUAGCUCAGUGCAGGGCUUGCCUGUUGUUAAUACAGAAGAGGCUGUUCAGGAUCUGUGCUCUGCGCUGGCUGCAAUGCCAACACCUUCGUCUGCUGAGACAGAUAUUCCGGAAGGUGUAGAAGGCGAAAAGGUGGAAGAGGAUGUUAAGAUAGAAGAGGAGAAGAAAACGGUGGCACAGAGAGGGCGCUCUAGCCAGUUACAGCAGACCCUGAAACUGGAGAGUUCCAGCAGCGAGGAUGAAGAGACAGACGAGGAGGAGGACGAGAAAGCGACAGGCGAGGCAUCAGUGGUCAAGUACAGUGUGAAGACCACACCGUAUCUGCAGAGUGUGAAAAAAAAGAUUCAAGGUGAAGGAAGCAGAAGUGCCAUCAGGGACCUGAAAUUUCUGACACCAGUGCGGCGCUCCCUCCGCAUUCAAAGGCAGUCAUCCCGGCUUCCCAGCAUGCUCAUCGACCAUGACCCCUGUGUGACCUCUUUGGCUGAGCUGGUGGGCCUAGACGGAGAUGCUAGCGCCUACAUCUACAGACAGAACCCUAGCCUUCAGGUGGUGAAGGACCUGCCUGAUCAAGUAGAGAGAAUGGACAAGGUUUAAGAAAGUCGAGGAUUGAAUGGAUCAAAGUGCACCUUACUAUAAAAUUUAAACCCCUGUCGUUUUUAAUUUAUAGGAUUAAUCAACCUAUUAAUCCUAUAGGUUAUAGGGCUAUAGAGCUGCCUCCACUUUUCAAAGUCUCUUUUCCUGAUUUUGAUGAUUGUCAAAUGUAGCCAGAAGUAUCCCCAGUCGUAGAAGGCCAGAGUCCUGCAGACUUUAUAAUUCACUUUUAUAUUAAACUUGAAACCUGGUCAACUGGAGUUUCCAGUUCUAGAUUUGAAGCUCUAAUCCAACAGGUUAUGUGUCUGCUGGAUUAUGUUAAACCACUAAACUAGCAAAGGUUCCAUGACUUUACAAAUUAAUCUUUAGUUCAACCAGCUAAGCAGUUGAUUUAAGUUGGUAAAUACACUAAUUUGGAGCAAAUCUUAAUAUUUAAAGCCCUUGAGAACUACAACUUCCUAGUGUUUUUGGUUAUUGGAAAUGAGUUAUUUAAUGUAAUUUGUAAAACCUGACUGGAUCAGGGCUCUCCAAGACCAGGACUGGAGACGGUUGUAUUGUGGAUGGAACAGAAGGCUUUUGAGAUCCAGGACUGCUCUCUUCUUUUCAAAGUCUCUUUUUCUGAUUUUCAUGAUUGUGAAAUGCAGCCAGAUAUUCACUGGAAAUGUCUGUGGUAACAUUUAGUUUCAGGCUGGUUUGGUAAGGAAGUCAUUUAAUUAUUAACCUUUCACUACCGAGAAGCUAAUAUGCCAAUGUGUAUCGGUUAAAAUGCAUAAGCUACUUUUGUAAUGCACUUUCAUAUCAUAGGUUAAAUAAACAUGGUUCCUGCAAGGUGUGUUGCAUUAUAUGGUCCCAUAUGGCAAUUUAUUCAAAUCUUUUUGGGUAAAUGUGUCAAAUUCUUUCAUUACUAAGUUUUUUUUUCAGUUACUUGGCAUUUAGUGGUGUAGUAGAUGUAACAGCUGUUCAGAAGAGAGUUACUGUAUCUGUGCUUACCACAGAUACUGUAUCUGUAUGAUAUUAAUGUUUUAAUAUCCAUACAGCUUUUUCAACACUACCCCUUCUAGAAAAAAAUGUUCUUAUUGUGGUGGAUUUAGCAGCACUGUUUGUGCAUUUUUCACCAUGAUUAAGGCCAAAAUAAAAUUCACGUUCUACCCACCCUACAAAAAGACAAUAAGUCAUGCUGUCUUUCCCUAAAGUGGAAGGAAAAGUCUUUACAUAGAUUAAAAACUGGAAAAAAGUUAUGCUUUUGAAAUUUGCUACUGGCGUGUAGAUUAAGUGGAUAUUAUCUUUUAUGAGUUAUGUGCUGUACAAAAAGAGAAAAGAGGCUUGCAUUAAAUAUGGUCAAUUUAGCUGGACUUUCAGUGAACACUAACAUUUAGAAAGAUUUGAGAUUAGCAUAUUUACCUUUUAUAUGCUUCAUAAAAUAUAACAGCGCAACAUGUAUUUCCCACUAUGGAAGUGGUUCACAUUCUGUUAUUUCAGACUGUAUAACAACAAUAAUGCUAUAUGUGAAAUGCAAAUCAACUUGCAUUAUCUUUCAUUUAUCAAAAUUAACUAGUGCUAUUCUUUGACUUCUUUUAAACAUGGAGUUAAAUGCUGUAUUGAUCUUUGUAUUUGUACUGAAUGUUUUUAAAACUUGAUAUAAUCUAUUUCUGUCCUAUGCAACCUUAUCUUUUUUUGAGUUGUUACUGUUCAUGUUGUGUGUACCCCUUUUUCUCUUUAGCUCUGUUUGAGGUAUUUAGUUGAUAUAUAAAAUAUUGAACACAGAACACAUGGAAUACAUGCACAAAGCAAAAUGACAUUUUCUGCCUAAGGUAAUUGUACCCCCACAUCCUUUUCUCAGCAAAACAGAGCUAGACAUUUUGAUGUCUUUCUACAAUAAAUGUAAUUUUUUAAAUCAA